GCCCUCCCCCAGCCCUGGAAAGCGCGGGCUGCCCCGAGGGGGCGGCUUUGCCGCCGGGGGACUGGCAGAGUAGAGGGAAAGAGGAGAAAAGCGAACGGCCGUUUCUUCACAGCCCCAGAGGGUGCCUGCUUCCCUGCUGAAACGUUCCAGGAUCUCGAGGCAAUCUUGCAACCCGUAUUUAAACUGGCUGAAGACAACUUCAGAUGUAUAUAAUGUAUCAGAAAAGAUCUGAAAAACACUAGGCAAUAGAAGUGUGGAGCAUAUUAAGCAAGAUGAACAUCUCAGGAAACAGUUGUGGAAGCCCUGGUUCUGCAGAUGUAUCUAAUGACUUUAAGGAUCUUUGGACAAAACUAAAGGAGUAUCAUGAUAAAGAAGUACAAGGUUUACAAGUAAAAGUAACCAAACUGAAAAAGGAACGAAUUUUAGAUGCACAGAGACUGGAAGAAUUCUUCACCAAAAAUCAACAGCUGAGAGAGCAACAAAAAGUCCUUCAUGAAACCAUUAAAGUUUUAGAAGAUCGAUUAAGAGCAGGAUUAUGUGAUCGCUGUGCAGUAACUGAAGAACAUAUGCGGAAGAAACAGCAAGAGUUUGAAAAUAUCCGGCAGCAGAAUCUUAAACUUAUCACAGAGCUUAUGAAUGAAAAGAAUACUCUACAGGAAGAAAAUAAAAAGCUUUCUGAACAGCUGCAGCAGAAAAUUGAGAAUGAUCAGCAGCAUCAAGCAACUGAUCUUGAAUCUGAGGAAGACAUUAUUCCAGAUUCACCAAUAACAGCUUUUUCAUUUCCUGGUGCUAACCGGCUACGAAGAAAGGAGAACCUUCACAUCCGAUAUGUGGAACAAACACAGACUAAUGUGGAGCACUCUGGGUGUGCAAAUGAAUUGAGAAAAGUUCCGGAGUCUUCCACUCAUCUACAACAUAAACCUAAUGAAGGUGAAAUUCUAGUGGCCGACACUUGUGAUCAGAGCCAGGCUCCAAUAGCUAAAACACAUGGAACAAGCAGUUAUCCUGGUGAUAAUUUAGCCACAGUUGUUGCUGAAACACUUGGACUUAGUGUUCAAGAAGAAUCUGAAUCUCGAGGCCCCAGGAGCCCUCUUGGUGAUGAGCUCUACCACUGUCUGGAAGGAGAUCACAAGAAACAACCUUUUGAGGAAUCAAGAAGAAAUAGUGAAGAUAGUUUAAGAUUUUCAGAUUCAAUUUCAAAGACUCCUCCUCAAGAAGAACUGACUAUUCGGGUGUCAUCUCCUGUAUUUGGAGCUACCUCUAAUAUGAAAAGUAGUUUAGGUUUGAAUACAAGUUUGUCCCCUUCUCUUUUAGAGAGUGGGAAGAAAAACCAUCUGAAAACAGUGCCUUGCAGUAACACUUCUAAUUCUAGAUUGGAGAAACCUAGAUCAAAAUCUGAAGAUAGUACCCUUUUCACACAUCAUAGUCUUGGGGCUGAAGCGAACAAGAUCACUAACCAGUCAUCUAACAAGCCAAUGCUUAUAAAUAAAAGUAUAAGUGAACCCGUAGGUGAACAGAAUGAUAUUGAUCACAUUAAAGAUACUGUUACCGAUAAAGAUAAACAUGUGGUACCCCUGAAAUCAUUAGGAGGCAGAACCAAAAGGAAGAAAAUUGAGGAAGAAAAUGAAGAUGAAGUAAGCUGCCCCCAAGCCUCUUUUGAUAAAGAAAAUGCUUUCCCUUUUCCACUGGGUAAUCAGUCUUACAUGAAUGGAGAUUAUGUGAUGGAUAAACCUCUGGAUCUGUCUGAUCGAUUUUCGACUAUUCACCGUCAAGAGAAAAGCCAAGGAAGUGAGACCUCUAAAAUCAGAUUUAGGCAAGUGACUCUUUUUGAGGCUCUGAAGCCCGUUCCAAAAGGCUCUUCCUCAAGCCGUAAGGCCUUGAGCGGGGGCUGUGGGUUAGCCAAAGAUUUCUCAGAGGAGCCCUAUUUACAGGAGUCUCUUCUCCAAUCCCUGAAUAAAUCUCCAGAUAAAACACUGGUGCAAAUAAAAGAAGAAAAUCCAGUCUUUAAAAUCCCUCUACGUCCACGUGAAAGUUUGGAGAGAGAGGAUCCUUUGGAUGACGUGAAGGGUGCUGGUUCUCAUGAGCCAAUAAAAAUAAAAACCAGGUCAGUCCAUGGAGCAUGUGAACUUGCAUCAGUUCUUCAGUUAAAUCCGUGUAGAAUUUCUAAGACAAAGUCUCUACAGAACAACCAAGAUGAAUCCUUUGAAAAUAUCCAGUGGAGUAUAGAUCCAGGAGCAGACCUUUCUCAGUAUAAAAUGGAUAUUACCGUCAUAGAUACAAAGGAUGGCAGUCAGUCAAGAUUAGCAGGAGGAGAGACAUUGGAUAUGGACUGUACGUUGGUUAGUGAAACUAUGCUUUUAAAAAUGAAGAAGCAAGAGCAGAAGGGAGAAAAAAGUCCAAAUGACGAAAGAAAAAUGAAUGAUAGCUUGGAAGAUAUGUUUGAUCGGACUACACAUGAAGAAUAUGAAUCCUGUUUGGCAGAUAGCUUCUCUCAAGUAGCAGAAGAAGAGAAGGAAUUAUCAGCUACUACAAAGAAACCAAACACUCUUGGUGAUAAACAAGAUAAAGUCAAACAGAAAGCAUUUGUGGAGCCAUACUUUAAAGGUGAUGAAAGAGAGACCAGCUUACAAAAUUUUCCUCAUAUUGAGGUGGUUCGGAAAAAAGAAGAGAGAAGAAAAUUGCUUGGACACACAUGUAAGGAAUGUGAAAUUUUUUAUUAUCAGUAUUAUGCAGAUUUCCCAGCAGAAGAGAGAGAAAAGAAAUUGGCUUCUUGCUCAAGACACCGAUUUCGCUACAUUCCACCCAGCACACCAGAGAAUUUCUGGGAAGUUGGUUUUCCUUCCACUCAGACUUGUAUGGAAAGAGGUUACAUUAAGGAAGAUCUUGAUCCUUGUCCUCGUCCAAAAAGACGGCAGCCUUACAAUGCGAUAUUUUCUCCGAAAGGCAAAGAGCAGAAGACAUGAAUACUGAAGCAAACAGAGGGAGGACAGUUUUCUUUUUAGUUAUUUAAAGUUGGGAUUAAACAUUGAUUUUUUUGAUCUUUUGUAAACUGAUUUAUAAAUCAUUUUUCUAUUGAAAAUGUUUUUAAAUGGCGUCCACCAUACAGCCAACUAUUUAAAAUGUGGAUAAACUUAUGUUGUAUUUCCUUGCUUUUGCACCUUUAAAAUAAGGUGCUUUCAUUUUUGCACUCUAACUUAAGAGUCAUUUAUUACUUUAUUUGGUAAUAUGCAAUUACAGUUUUGAAAAUAA